ACUUGGAAGUCGCCGGAAAGAAAGAGAGAGAGAGAGAGAAAGCUUAGCAAGUCGGAAGUUUGUGCAAGUUAACGUUAUAUUAAUAUAUUUGCUGUUUAUUUUAGAAAAAUACGGGGCGAUGAAUUUAGUGUUAAUGUCGGAAUAAGCCUUUAAGUUAAAGUUAACUUGUGAACUCUACGCGGUAACCGUUUAUACAGAUACAGUUUGCUGGGACAGUGUUUCUCAUAAACUCGGUAAAUAAACCAGUUUCCCACAUUAUAGCUGUUGGAUAUUGUGGGAUGAAAUGGAAGCAGCUCAGACUGUCCAGAGGAACACCCAACAAAGUGUUGGAAAAGGCAGGGGCCAACACAGAAUUCCCAGGGAUGUUCAGACAGACAUUGCAUACCUGUAUGAAGUCCUGCCGCAGCUAUCUCAAAUUUUUCGUAUUAUUGAUAAAAUUGGAGAAGGUACUUUCAGCUCAGUGUAUUUGGCAGAGGCACAGAUGACCGAUGGAUCGAGAAGGAUGUUUGCAUUGAAACACCUGAUUCCUACCAGUCACCCUGUGCGUAUAGCUGCUGAACUCCAGUGCCUGACUGUUGCUGGGGGGAAAGAUAAUGUGAUGGGAGUCACGUACUGCUUCAGGAAAGAGCAUCAUGUGGUAAUUGUCAUGCCAUACAUGGAGCAUCAAACCUUUGUGGAUAUUGUUGGCUCCUUGAGUUUUGAGGAUGUGAGGCUUUACAUCUUCCACUUGCUUAAAGCCUUGAGACACAUUCACAAGUUUGGCAUCAUCCACAGAGACAUCAAACCAACUAAUUUCCUAUACAAUCGACAAAAAAGGGAGUACGCUCUAGUGGAUUUUGGCCUGGCACAGGGCACUCCUGAUACACAGAUAGAACUGCUGAAGGUGGUGAAAUCAAAAGCUCAUAAAGGUGGUGGGUCAUCUAAGAUGGUGGAGGAAUCAUUUGGGAAACAGAAACUUGUGCCCUUACCACCCAACACCAGAAACACCUCUCUACAGUCCAGCACUAAAGCACCUGCUAAAAGACCAUGCCCAGCUACACGCAUUAAACACAGCAAGGUGUCUGCACUGGUUUCUUUGUUAAAUAAAGGUUCUAUGAUGAUGAUGUUGGUUGAGUCAAAUAAGGGGAAUACUGAACUGUUGGAACUUGAUAAUGCACCACGGUCUGUAUUUGGGGAGAAAAACGUAAAUGGCACAAACUCUCAUAAACCUGGCACUGACAAAGUUGAGGGACAGUUUUCAAAACCAAAACGAGAAGGGUUAAUUCCAUGCAAAAUUGUUUCUUCAAAACACUGUUCAGUACCAGCGAGAACACCACUGAAUCAAAGACAGAAAGCCCCGACUGAGAGUCAAAAACCCAAACCCCCAGCUGUCAGCCCGAGUCUCACCUGCAGCUGCUACAUGACUGACCGGGUCUGCAACAUCUGCCUGUCCAGGAAACAGCAGGUAGCUCCGAGGGCUGGUACCCCAGGCUUUAGGGCUCCUGAGGUCCUGACUAAGUGUCCUAAUCAGGGAACAGCUAUUGACAUGUGGUCAGCAGGUGUCAUAUUGCUGUCACUGCUGAGUGGGAGGUAUCCAUUUUUCAAAGCCAGUGAUGAUCUGAUCGCUCUUACUCAAAUCAUGACCAUCCGAGGAUCUAAAGAGACGAUAGAGUCCGCUAAGACCUUCGGUAAAUCUAUAGUGUGCAGUCGUGAGCUUCCUCGGUUGGAUCUGAAGAUCCUUUGUGAGACUCUAAGAGGUUUGCGAUCAUGGGAUGACAGCUCACUUCCUGCUGAGUUUCAAGCCUCGCAUAACCCAGCAGAAGGAAAACAGGAUGCAGGGAGUCCUGUUAAGAAGCACAAGAGCUCUUUCAAAAGCAGUGCAGAGCAGCGGGAGAUGGGCUGGGAUAAAGUGCCUGAUGAUGUGUAUGAUCUCCUGGACAAACUCUUAGAUUUAAACCCAGAAUCGAGGAUAACCGCUUCUAUGGCACUGCAGCAUCCACUUUUCCAAGAUAUGACUGAUUAAUUUUUGUGCCGUCUUUUAAUUUGGUAUUAUUCUGUAAAGAAUUACAUUUACGCAUUUAAUUUUCUAACUACAUGUUGUACAGCAGUGCAGAGCAGUGUUUUAUGUCUUAUUUUAGGGCUUUCUUAAGAUUCACUUUUGAGAAUAAAAAGCUGUUUACAGUCAAUUGUUCACAGUUCAUCUUAGAGAGUGCUUCUUGCAUGUAAAGUUCUGACACAUUUUGGGAUUUCAUUUACGUCAGCUACAGUUGUAAAUUUUUUUUUUUAAAUCAGCUGCUAUUAUUUUGUUGUCUGUACUCUCUAGUUUGUAAAUAAAUGUAGGAUUGUUCAUCACUGGUACAAUAUAAGCUGUGACAACUUCAAGAUGCCAACCGGUGGCAUGAUCCACAUUUUUUUUUAAGAUACUUGUUUUACAUGCUUAAUUGUAGUUACU